AUGGAGAUCGCCGUCAACAGCACAGGUUCCAAAGUGCUCGCCAGGGAUGAAUUUGGCAACGUGAGAGGUGGAUUAAGACUGCCCAAAGGGCAAGUUCCGAUCGCGGCAUACAACGGCGAGGAUAAUGGCCUCGAUGGGAACACGUACAAUUUCACCGCUUCCCGGCUCGAUGACCUUCUUUAUUCCUCUCAUGACGAUUAUGUCACCCAGGUAGUGGCUGCGGCUUCCACGGCAGAGAAGCAGAGAAUAAUACUCCCAUCGAAAGUUCGGAAUUACAUCCUGAAGGCAGAGCAAGCGAACGUACCGCCUGCGCGUGGUAUUGUGUCUGUUUGA